AUGGAGGGGGAGGGGAGGUCUGGGAAGCUCAUGGCCAUGGCGCAGCAGUCUGGGGUUCGUUCUUUCCACAACGACAGGAGGAAUCUCAGCGGCCCAGGUGAAGAAUCUGCCAAGGUCGGCAGCGGCAAAUCAGCCAAUAAGACGGCCGAGGAGGCGGAGAUGGCUGACGAGGCGGAGACAUUUGCUGCCCAUCGUAGACGUUGGGAAUAUAAACGGGGGAAUACAUGUGGUUCCUUCACAGACACAACGCGCCUCAGUUCCAUGCAGUUCACACACUACACGCCUGGACGCAUGCCACGCAGCAGCUUCUGUUCCACCCCGGAAACCUUGCAGAUCUUCUCCAUCAAACUCACAAGACUUGAUUGCGGACUUGAGUUUCCAUUGUCUGUGUAUGGUGUGGUUGCCAUACGAGACAUGGUGGACCGCAACCGAAACAUUCUCUUCUCUCGGGAUAUUAGCGAGGCCCAAGAACUUAAACAGAGUGAUCCCUUUCUGCACUUGAUUGGCCCGUCCCGUGCAAUCCUGUUUACGGAUCACGUUGGCAUCGAAAUCCAACUAAGAGUAGCAGGCACGGCAGGAUCUCAAGAUAGGGUGCUAAUCAGUUAUGCGCGCCGUUACAGGGGAGGAUACGGUCCCGGCGUUACAAGCCUUUGCUUCAAGAACAUCUUGUGCACGCUAGAGUUGCGCUCGCAGCCAGUAAAAGAAACUGUCCAGGCCACCAUCUUGGGUGUCCAGGUUACCAAUGACGAUGGGUCAUGGCCUCUAAAAUAUGGAGGCCUAGUUGCUUGCUCCCCACUAUCAGGGAAAAUUAUGGUUAUCGAUGGUGAAAUCACUCGUAACAUUGAUCCUCCAUCCAGCCAGAUUGUGCUGCUCGAUUCGAUGGAUAAAUCAAUACUGAAAGGCGAUGAUGGUUAUGUACAUCUGUGGAGGCAAGUUGUUUCCGUAGAACUUCGAGGAGGGCUGGACCUUGUCAUACAAGCCUACUCCGAAUCUGGUGAUAUCGCUACAGAAACUUGCGUCCGUUUCAUGACACAAGUUUGCAACAUAAGCCAGAAGAAAUGCACCCUUGGUGAUGCUGAGGUAACUUUUACUGUUGCCUGGUCCCGUGUUCCUGACGAUUACGUUUGA